AUGUCCUCCCUGCACGGAAUCCUCGUCGCCCUGAUCACCCCCUUCACCGACGACAGAACCAAGAUCGAUGAAGCCCGUCUAGAAUCCCACAUCAACCGGCUCCGCGCCGCCGGUGUCCACGGCUUCGUCCCAGGCGGGAGCACAGGCGAAUUCACAACCCUCUCGCUCGCCGAGCGCAAGCAGCUCACAGAGCUCUGCGUCAAGUUCGCCGGCGGCCUCCCCGUCGUCGCAGGCACAGGGAGCACCUCAACAGCCGAAGCAGUCGAUCUGGCCGUGCACGCUGCCCAAGCCGGCGCCGCAGGGGUCAUGGUCGUCCCGCCCUUCUACGACGCCGUCAACCUCGAACAACUCACCGAGAUGUUUGCCGAGAUCCACAGCGCCUCCAAACUACCCAUCAUGUACUACAACAUCCCCUCCGCAUCGGGGCUGACCCUAUCCCCAACCGAGAUCGCGGGCCUGUCCAAGGUCGGCGUCAAGUACCUCAAGGAUACCUCGGGCAAUGCACCGGCCUUCACAGAGCUCGUCUUCAGCCUGUCGGACCAGAUCACCGCGUUGAACGGGUGGGAUACGCUGACGUUCUACGGUCUCGCGGCUGGAUCUCCCGGUGGAGUCUGGGGCGCGGCAAAUAUCAUCCCCGAGCUGGCGGUUGAGCUUUACGAGGCUGUGACUGUGCGCGGGGAUCUCAAGCGCGGCCGCGAGCUCUGGACCAAGGCGUUCCCGAUCUGCAAGUUCCUGGAGUCGCAUAACUAUGCGGCUGCUGUGAAGACCGGGGUAGAGCUGAGGGGGCAGUCGACUGGUGGACUGCGCAAGCCGUUUGCGUUGCUGAAUGAUGAGCUGCAGGCUGAGCUUAAGACGUUGAUCCAGAAUGCUGGUGUGAAGACUAUUUAG